UUCCCUUUCUGAACAACAUGAAUCAGUACAUUGUUUUAGCUGUUUUGGUCGCUGUGGCUACGGCUAAACCACAAGGCUAUGGUGCAAGUGCUGGCCAACAGCAGCAGGGUUAUGGAAGCCAAGCUGGACAACAACAACUGAAGCAGAGUUACGGUGCUCAGCCCGGUGCGACUCAACAGCAACAAGCCUAUGGUGCUCAAGCCUCUGCUAGCGCUGGAGCUGGACAGAAUUAUGGUGCUCAAAAUGGAGUUGCCCAGCAGCCGCAAGGCUAUGGCUCUCAGGGCUCUGCAGGCGCUGGAGCUGCACAAAACUAUGGAGCUCAGCCUGGUGCUGCCCAACAGCAACAGGGUUACGGUGCUCAAGCAUCUGCUAGCGCCGGAGCUGGACAAGGUUUUGGUGUCCAGAAUGGAGCUGCUCAGCAGCAACAAGGCUAUGGCUCUCAGGUUUCCGCAGGUGCUGGAGCUGGACAAGGUUACGGAGCAUCCAACACUCAGCAGAAACCAACCAGUACUUACAACAGCAAUGGCAAUGGAAACAGACCGGCCGCAUCUGCUUCAUCCUACGCCCAGGAGCAACCCCCGAUGCCAUACGAAUUCGCCUGGGCCGUCAAGGAUGAGCCAACCAAGAACGACUACGCUCAUGAAGAAAAGAGCGACGGCAAAGUUGUGACCGGAUCUUACCGCGUUCUUCUUCCCGAUGGCCGCACUCAGAUCGUUUCUUACCGUGCUGAUGAUAACGGGUACGUCGCUGAUGUGAAAUACGAAGGUGAGGCCCAGUUCCCCGCACCAUCCACUGGUAACGCCAACUACGGAAAUAGCAAUGGCUCUGGGAAUGGAAGCAACAACUAUGGCAGUGCUAAGCCGAAUUCCAACAACAAGCCGAAUGCUUCAUAUUAAAACUUAAAAAUAUAUUGGUUUUUGUAUUGAAAUAAUGAAAACUAUAUCUGUUUGACUGGCGAUGAAAUUCAAAUAAAUCUAAUACAUUUUACAACAAAGAAAA